ACAUGCCGCCCGUCUCACCGGAUAAGAAUACAUCUUGAAAUCCAACCCUUUAAAACCUGGAGCUUCUGCACUCCGACGCCUUGUGAAAUGUUCACGUCUCUAAUACUUUGAUGUUUGCUCUCAGGCGCAUGCACUGAAAACGGCCAAAGGAUUAAAGUCGAGACGCGACUGGAAACGAUUCUUAAGAUACGGUUGGCUUUACAGAAAACAGGGGGACAUCCUUCGGGUCUCUUGCUUGAACUUUCCUUGGCAACAUGAACGCUGGCAGCCCGUCGCCAAAAGGGCUGACCGAAGCCCACCGACGCUACUCUUUCCUGGAAACAGCAUCGGAAGGGCUGUCCCAGAACGAAUCGGAUUCGGAAAGCCUGGCUCAGGAGGCCCGGUAUCAGUGGGAGCUGCAGAAACGGAUCCACAAAAACCAAGAACGGGUCAGUCGGGCCUGUCGGGAACAGGCGGACGAGAGCAUGGAGGAGGACAGUCUGGAAGAAACGUCACACUUGAGCGAAGAAGGAGGGUCCGAUGGGGAAGAAACACGGAGGCCAAGGGGAGGCCAGGAUGGAGGAGGGAAUCCAGAAAAUGCAAGCCCUAAUGAGGAAAUUACGGACAAGUAUUCUGACCUGCGCUAUGAUCCCAACUGGAAGGAUAGUGAAAAAGGAAGAAGCUUUCUUGAGUUAGAAGAAUCGCAUCAGGAGGAGUGCAAAAGCUCUAGCUUCACUUCCCUUGAGUUGGCCUGCCAUCCUUCCCAGGGGUUCGUAUCCAGAAACUGCCAGUUACAGGAAAGACCCCAAAAUAUACCAUCAGUAAUCGCUAGAGAAUUCUGGAUCCCUUGUGAUGAACCUGCAGAUGGCUGGGGUGGCUCUUUCAGGCUGGAUAAGAAAGGAAGAGAACCAGAGAUUGUCUACCAUUAUAACAGCAAUGACAGUUUGACCAGCAGUGGCUCCAGGAUUCAGUUAAAAGUACCAAAGCCAAGAUCUGAAAAAGACUUUAUUGAAAAGAACAAACUCACUUUGGGUUUAGCAGCCCACCAGAACAAUUCUUACCUUCGGCUGCAUGGUAAAAAGCAGAGAGAAGGGUCUCAAGAGAAGGCUCACCAGUCUGCAAGGUCUCUGACGGAUGGAAUGAAGUCAGGGCAAACUGCAUCCUUGAGAGAAGCCCCCUUAAGCGAGAGUUCCAUCCAACAUCCCUUAGGAACCCAAGUGGAACUAAGAAGGCAUCUGAGCGGUGAUAACUCCAGUGAAGACAGCCCGUUCUCUGCCCAAGCACCAUACCUUCCUCAGCACCAUGCCAAGAAAAAUUCCAAGAAUUUAACCUUUGCUAGGAAGCCUCUUCAGCAGAGCUCAUUCCACAACUUUCCAGGGCUUCUUUCACCAUGUGCUGGUGAAAAGAAGAAGUGCCAACACAGCCUUGAAAACAUCUCUGGACCCCAUCACCCAUAUUCCUACAGGUGUACCGUUUCAGAGCCUCAGCCUUUCACCCAUCAUGGCAAACACUGGAAUGCAUUAGGGCACAAGGGUGUUUCAUAUGCGUACAACGGUGGCCAGCAAGAGCCGGUAAACGGAGCAGUUUCAUCUUGCAAACCUUGGCACAUUUAUACAGAAGAGAUCCCUAACAACUAUGCUUUUCAUUACUCAGGGCCACCUCAGCCACUUGCUCCUCACCCGAUAAACAGAACCCUAUCUCCAACGGCACGGCUCAUCCAGGCAAUAGAGCAGCAGCAUCGUGAAAUCUCUCAGCUGGCAGAUGACCACCUUGCUAGGAAUCAGGUGGCCAGCAUGUUUCCACCCAUAAUCCAGAGAGGGGAGAGCGACUCGCAGCUCCAUCUGGAGAGCUGCGAAGAGACCCAACCCGUUCUCAGCCGCAGCAAUUCUGAAGGCUACUUGCUUCAGAUGGAAAAGCAAAAGGAAAGGAAAGAAAAAGAGAACCGGAAGGGCUCUAGGGCAAAAGGUUACAUGAAGAUGGAUGUGAGGCUUGGAGGCCUUGGACCUGACUAUGAAACCAUCAAAGAAAAAUCAGAAAAGAUGAAGCACCAAAAGGUUUAUGCCAAGCAAGUAAACGAACAGAAUCUGAAGAAUAUCGCAAGUACACGGAAACGUCAGCCAAAAACGGAGAACAAAUCAGUGGUGUCAAGGCAGAAGGCCCUUGAGUAUGCCAAGACAAUUCCCAAGCCCAGACUCUUUGUCUCAAGACCGUCAGAACAAGAGACCAAAGAGGAGAAAAACCUGGCGCGCACUUUAAACGGAGAGAACCUUCCUCCAAUCUCCUCUCUAGAAUCGCUGAAAAACAGGCAUGAAAAGGAGAAGCAGGUGGUCGCUGCAUUCAAAACACUCCAUAUUGUCUGAUGAGCCCAUCCCCAGAGGGACCAUCAGCCUUCGCGGGAGCAGGGCUACUGAGCUCUUCCACUCAUCCAUUCUCUUCUUGCCAUGUUCACUUGGGGUCCUAAAGGACUAGCGUACAAUUAUGAGUUUGAUGAACUUCUUUUAGAUCUGGGACGUUUUCCAUAAGUUGCAUUCAGCCUUACUUAUUUUUGUUGGAUUUUAUUGUUGAUAA